AUGAAGAUGACAAAAGGUAUUGGUGUGGACAUCAAGGAUGUGGGAGUAGCUGUUUUUAAUUACCAUUUUCAAGAAAUUCUUCUCUAUAUCAGGGGAGAGACUCAAAGGAGUAAAGUCAUCCAUAAAUCCUUACUGGGUUGUGCCAUGAACAAAUGGGAGCCCAGAGAUUUUCCACCUCGCAGAUAUUGGACUGUUUCCCGAGUGGCCUGUACAGACAAACAAAAUCUAACACUGUUGAAAGAAUUCAUUCUAAUGGGAAUCACAGGACUCCCUGAGCUGCAGGCUCCAUUAUUUGGACCACUCCUCACUGUUUAUCUGGUCUCAGUCGUGGGUAAUCUGGGUUUGAUCAUCCUCACCAAGAUAGACUCUAGGCUACAAACACCCAUGUACUUCUUCCUCAGACACCUGGCUUUCACUGAUCUUGGUUAUUCAACAGCUGUGGGACCCAAAAUGCUAGUAAACUAUGCUGUAGAUCAACAUACAAUCUCCUUCAAUGGGUGUGCCACCCAACUCACUUUUUUCAGUAUUUUUAUCAUUAAUGAAAUUUUCAUUCUGUCAGCAAUGGCCUAUGACCGCUAUGUGGCCAUCCGUAACCCUCUGCUCUACACAGCUGUUAUGUCACAAAGAUUAUGUCAGGUGCUAGUGGUAAUGCCUUACCUCUAUAGUGUCUCUUUGUCUUUGUUGACCAUCAUGAAAAUUUUCCUUUCAUCAUUUAGUGAUUAUAAUGUCAUCAAGCAUUUCUACUGUGACAGUCUACCAUUGAUAGCUUUGCUCUGUUCAGGCACCGAUGAAAUUAGAUUGAUAAUUCUGAUCUUUUCUGCUUUUAAUUUGGUGUCAUCCCUUCUCACAGUCCUUGUGUCCUACAUUCUAAUCUCUGUUGCCAUCUUCAGGAUGAACUCUGCAGAAGGCAGGCACAAGGCUUUCUCCACCUGUGGAUCCCAUCUGGCAGUGAUUGCCUUAUUCUAUGGCACUCUAUUCUUUAUGUAUGUGCAGCCGAAAUCUACUCAUUCCUUUGAUACUGAUAAUAUGGCCGCCUUAUUUUACACGUUGGUUAUACCCAUGCUGAAUCCAAUGAUCUACAGCUUGAGGAACAAAGAGGUGAAAAAUGCCCUACGAAGAACUUGGAGAAAGUGUGCAAAUAUAGACAUACUUCAGAGAUAUUGCAGGUUUGGUUCCAGUCCACCACAAUGA